AUGUAUGAUCUUUCAACCCGUUUUCUAUCUUCAGGUGGUUACCAAACUGUUCAGGACAGCCCUUACAAUACCCCUCUCGGCAUUGGCUUCUUAGAAGCCGGCCAAGAAAUGGGCUACGACAUACGUGACGUCAAUGGUGAGAAACAAACAGGAUUUGCACUUUACCAAUACACCAUGAGGCGGGGAGCCCGAUGUAGCACUGCCAAAGCCUUCCUACGCCCUAUUAGACUAAGGAAGAAUUUGCACAUCUCCAUGUACUCGCAUGUGACCAAGGUGCUCAUAGACCCCACUUCCAGAAGAGCUUACGGAGUUGAAUUCAUAAAAGAUGGACAGAAACAUACUGUGUUGGUGAAAAAAGAAGUGAUACUUUCAGCUGGUGCCAUAAAUUCUCCCCAUUUGCUGAUGUUGAGUGGAAUUGGACCGAGGAAACAUCUAGAGGAGAAAGGGAUAAGGGUCAUUCAUGACUCUCCAGGGGUUGGUGAGUCCAACAACCCUUUGGAAUAUCCACUUCUUUACCACAACUACUUGACACAUCCACACGACGUGAACGUACUUCGAGAAGGUACGAAGGCGGCAGUCGCUUUCGGACAAACGGAGGCUCUGAAGAGAUUCGGCGCGCGGUUCCAUUCCGUACCAGUACCGAAAUGUAAGCAUCUGCCACAGUUCACUGAUGAAUACUGGAACUGCUACAUUCGACAGUACACAUUGUCUAUCUACCAUUAUUCGUGUACAGCAAAAAUGGGACCAGAAAGUGAUCCCUAUGCGGUGGUGGAUCCGCAGUUAAGGGUGUACGGAAUAUCAGGACUAAGAGUUAUAGACGCUUCCAUAAUGCCCUUCAUAACAAAUG